UGGAAACAUGGCGGCCAGCUUCCGCGGCCGUCCUAUCCGGAGUCUUCGGAUGCGAGGUCGGAAUGACAGCGGGGAGGAGAACGUACCGCUGGAUCUGAGCAGAGAACCAUCAGAAAACUUCCGUGAAAUCCUACAAAAUGUGGCCAAAUCGCACGGAGUCAGUAAUAUGCGAAAACUGGGCCACCUGAACAACUUUAUAAAGCUGCUUUGCAGCAUUGGCCACCGCGAGGAAAACUUUGGGUUUACAUAUGAAGAAAUCAUCAUUUGUCUGCGACUAGCUCUUCUAAAUGAGGCCAAGGAAGUGCGGGCUGCAGGUUUGCGAGCACUUCGCUACCUCAUUAGAGACACCAGCGUGUUGCAAAAGGUCCUCAGACUACAGGUGGAUUAUUUGAUAGCCAGGUGCAUUGACAUACAACAGAGCAAUGAGGGGGAGAGGACUCAGGCUCUGCGGCUAGUCCGAAAGAUAAUUAGUGUCAAUGCGAUGCUGUUCCCCACUUCUAUUGCAAAUUCUCUUAUUGCUGUGGGGACUGAUGGACUGCAGGAGAGAGACCGCAUGGUUCGUGCUGCCAUCGCCAUUGUAUGUGAGCUAGCCCUGAAGAACCCAGAGGUGGUGGCCAAACGAGGAGGUCUCAGCACUAUCCUUAAGAGUGUGAUUGACUGUCAGCUUAGUCGCAUCAACGAAGCUCUGAUCACCACGGUCCUCCAUCUACUGAACCACCCAUGCACCCGCCAGUAUGUUCGCGCUGAUGUCGAGCUGGAGCAAAUCCUUGCGCCUUUCACUGAUUUCCACUAUCGUCACAACGCGGACAUGUCUGAUUCGCAAUUCAAGGAAGAUAGAGAGUCCCGGUUCUUGUCAAGCAGAAUGGCAAUAGUUGCUGCCUUCCGUUCCUGGUCUGGGAUUAUCAACCUUUGCAAGGCAGGAAACUCGGGAAUCCAGUCUUUAAUUGGUUUACUUUGCAUACCAAAUAUGGAAGUUAGGAAAGGCCUGCUGGAAGUUUUAUAUGAGAUAUUCAGGCUCCCUGUGCCCAUUGCAACUCAAGAUUUCACAGAGGCUCUUCAAAGUGUUGAUCCUGCCAGGUUCCAGGACACGUGGAGACUCUCUGAUGGGUUUGUUGCUGUUGAAGCUAAAGUCAUCCUGCCCCAUAGGGCCCGGUCUAGGCCUGACCUGAUGGACAACUACCUGGCAUUUGUUCUUUCUGCUUUCAUCACCAGUGGGCUGUUAGAGGGCCUUGUGGAAGUUGUGACGAGCAGCGAUGACCAGCUUGCUAUCAGAUCCACAAUCCUCCUGGGAGAGCUUUUACACAUGGCAAACACCAUUCUUCCACAUUCCCACAGUCACCACCUGCACUGCCUCCCAACCCUCAUCAACAUGGCAGCCUCAUUUGACAUCCCUCAAGAGAAACGACUUCGAGCAAGUGCAGCGGUGAACAAUUUGAAGCGUUUCCAUGAGAAGAAGAAGAAAGGACUGAAACCACACAGCCUGUACCUGGACCACAUCAUUCGCAAGUCGGUGUCAUCACAUAACCGCAGAGAUUCACACUCGCGUGUCCAAAGAGACAUCUAUGUCAUAAAGGACACAGAAGAAGCACUGAUGAAUAACUUAAGAGACAGUCACAUUCUCAACCACAAGCAGAACUUGGAGUGGAACUGGUUGCUUAUUGCCACCAUCCUUAAGUGGCCAAAUGUAAACCUCAGGAAUAACAAAGACGAACAGAUGCACAGGUUUGUUCGGAGGCUGCUGUACUUCUACAAGCCCAGUAGUAAAUUGUAUGCUGGGUUGGCGUUGGAUCACCUUAAGGCCAGACAACUCACUGUGGUUGGCUGUCAGUUUGUGGAGUUCCUCAUAGACUCAGAUGAGGAUGGACAUGGUUACCUGGAGGAUCUAGUGCGGGACAUGGUCUCAUGGCUGUCCUCAUCUUCUGGACUGAAGCCCGAUCGCUGUCUGCAGAGUAACGGCCUGCUCACCACUCUCAGCCAGCACUACUUCCUCUUCCUGGGGACACUCUCUGCACAUCCACAGGGAGUCAAACUGCUGGAGAAAUGUGGCCUGUUUCAGUGCCUGCUGAAUUUGUGCUCUGUAAAGAACCAGGAUGCUGUGCUGAAACUUGCUGUAUCCACACUUGACUACAGCAGAGAUGGUCUGGCCAGAGUUAUCCUUUCAAAGGUCCUCACUGCUGCCACUGAUACUUGCAGGCUUUAUGCUACCAAGCACCUCCGCGUGCUGCUGCGUGCCGGCGUGGAAUUCUUCAGUAGUUGGGGCAUGGAGCUUCUGGUCACGCAGCUUCACGACCACAGCAAAGCCGUGUCCAUGGAGGCUCUGGACAUACUGGACGAAGCCUGUGAAGACAAGGCCAACCUUCAUGCUCUGAUCCAGCUGAAACCAGCUGUCUCCCACCUGGGGGACAAAGGCCUCCUGCUUCUCCUCAGGUUCCUGUCUAUUCCUAAAGGUUUUUCCUACCUCAAUGAGAGGGGCUAUGUCAGCAAACAGCUGGAUAAAUGGCAGAAGGAGUACAACCUUAAAUAUGUGGACCUGAUUGAGGAACAGCUGAAUGAAGCACUAACAACUUACCGCAAACCUGUCGAUGGAGACAACUACGUCAGACGCAGCAACCAAAGGUUACAAAGACCAAAUGUCUAUCUCCCUGUGCACUUAUACGGUCAGCUCGUCCAUGAUAAGACAGGCUGUCAUCUGUUGGAAGCUCAGAGUGUGGUUCCCGACCUCAGCUACACAGUCCGCUCCCCGAUGCUGGACACCUGGGAGGGGAUUAAACAGCUGAAGGCCGCUCUCUGGGCUCUGGGCAACAUUGGCUCUUCGAACUGGGGUUUGAAUCUUCUGCAGGAGGAGAAUGUUAUUCCUGAUAUUCUUGCGCUGGCUAUUCACUGUGAGGUGCUGUCUGUGCGAGGGACAUGUGUAUAUGUGCUUGGUGUGAUUUCCAAGACCAAGCAGGGUUGUGAGGUGCUGAAGCAGUACGGUUGGGACGCAGUCAGACACAGUCGCAGGACGCUGUGGCCUGUCACUCCCGAUGAGGUUGACACACAGCUGACAUCCGAGCUGUCCUCGGUACCAAGCACACUCAGUCUGAACUCAGAGUCAACCAGCUCCCGUCACAACAGCGAAAGCGAGUCACAUCCAAAUAUGUACAUCCUGGACGAUGACAAAUGUGAUAUUCUGGACGGGUCAGACGAUCCGUCUAUUUACCCACACUCCAAACCAAUCAAAGACAGAAGCCCCUUCAUGAUCCUGGCUUCCACGCGCUUCGUUCGCCCCCGCUUCCUUAAUUCCUUGUCCCUCCCCAGCAAGAAACUCCGCUCCACCAGCGAUCCCAAGACCCCAUCGGGGUCUCGCACGCCUACCGACGUCAUGGUGGGGAGCAUGAGACGGAACAGGACAGUGACGGAGCCCUCCGUCUACAGUCCCAACCAGGGGGACGUCUUCAUCUCCGUGUUUAACGGCAGAGCGAUGCCAAAGAGUCCAACGGUUAGCCUGGAGACAUCUUUUGUAGGUACCAGGGGAGACUCUGAAGAGCAGCUUGCAGACGGCAGGCUGGCGAGGGGAGGAGGCUCAGGCCUUGGACUCAGUGGUCUGGGCGGCCACGGAGCUGUGGAGCACCACAACCGGGAGAGGGAGCAGAGCAGUCGAGAGCGUCUGACCGGAGGGGACGGUAGCUCAUCUUCUAGUGGUGGGAAUGUGGUAGGAGGCGGAGGGGGUACUCAAUUUAAAAGCCGCAGUCAGAGCUUUAACACGGACACGACGACCAGCGGCAUCAGUUCCAUGAGCUCCAGCCCCUCCCGGGAGACCGUCGGCAACCCCGAACACGCGGAGCCCGAACCCGACUCCUCCGACUGCGUGAGCCUCAACACUGUAGUUUCUGCCAAGACUGUUAAAAUGCUCUCCUCCCCCACCCCCCAGGCUCAGACCAACCACAUGUCCACAUCUAAGUCCUCCAAUGUUUCACUGGUACCGCCAGGCUCCUCGCACACUCUCCCCCGCCGAGCCCAGUCUCUCAAGUCCCCCUCAGUCACCACCAUCAAAAGCCUGGCUGAUUGCAGCUUCAUGUACACCAGCCCAAGAGAUGCACUGGGCUACGCUACGCUGAAGAGGCUGCAGCAGCAGAGGAUACACCCCUCCCUGUCUCACAGUGAAGCGCUGGCUUCGCCUGCCAAAGACGUGCUGUUCACUGACACCAUCACUAUGAAGACAGGCAGUCUGGACUCCAGACUGACCCCUCGCAGGCUGUCAGAUAGGAGGCGAACCUGUCCAGAACCCACCGUCGUAAGUCCGUACCGCAGGCUGUCCAGAACACUUGUACCGCGUCUUUCUCCCCAGAUCCUCUUACGCACCUCUCCACUUGCCCUUCCUAGGUUUCUGAAAGCUCUGAGCUUUGCUUCUCUGGAUAAAGAGGAACUACUCAGUCCCAUCAACCAAAGCACCCUGCAACGCUGCUCCUCAGUCCGCUCAAUGGUGUCUAGUGCCACCUUUGGGUGUAACGACGACUACAUUGGUCUUGCACUGCCAAUGAACAUCAACGAUAUUUUCCACAUCAGAGACUCGGCCUACUUUCUGCAGAGGACUAGCCCACCUUCAGAGGAGCGAAAACGCUUCCUUUUUGGUGAUGGCGAUGGGGAUCGACCUCCUCUCCCAUUACUGAAGCAACAGUUCAGUAUCUCUGAGCUGAUCGGGUACCGAGGUGACAACCCGAACCAUGUGGUGGAUUCAGAGGAAACUGGCCUGCAGGAGCACACUGAAGAAAACUGCCUCUACUGCGUAGGAGCCAUCGUCCUCGGAUACCCCACACAGCCACAAAUCAACAGUACACACUCUCGAACAGACUACGUGGACUUCCAGUCAUGGGGGGGGCCGAGUGGUCAUCGUCUGGAAGUGAUGCCUCAGUCCAAGUUUUCUGGGGUGUCAGGCUGCAGUGAUGCUGCCGUGUCCCAAGGCUCGGUCGCUAGCACACCCACACCUAGUGACAUUGUCCUUGGUGGCAAGGCGAUAUCCGAGGAUGGCCCGGCCUCUCGAGUCUUGCUGAGGAAGGAGGUUCUUCGCCUCAUCAUCAACCUCAGCUCCUCCGUGGGAACCAAAGGCCAUGAAACGGGACUACUGACGAUAAAGGAGAAGUUUUCAUAUGCGUUUGAUGACAUUUGCCUGUACUCCGAGGUUUCUCACCUCCUAGCCCACUGUAUGUUUCGUCUGACCUCAAGACGUUUCAUACAAGAACUCUUUCAAGACGUGCAAUUUAUGCCAAUGUACGAGGAAGCAGAGGCAAUCUUGACAAAGCUAACAAAACCCGUUGAAGAUGAUGGUAACCUUCCUGCAGAGUCUUGAUCGCCCUGCUCGGCCCCCGUGUUCCCUGCACAGCUGCAGUCCAGGUUCCUUACGAACAUGGAAAGAAAGCAAGACUGAGAUUAUAUAAACUGAAAUGGGGAAUAGUUUGGCAUGCUUAAAACAGAGUAUCAUUGCCAAGGAAAAGGAGGAAACAGUCAUCACUCAAGUUUCUUCUUGGAAAUAUGAGCCGGACACACAACAGGCCAAUAUCUGUAUUCAAAUCUAACACAAUGCUUCAACGUUUCACACUUAAGUUAUUUCAGACCGAAAAAAGAAGAAGCAGUUAAGACCAAUACUGUUUUCACCUGGGUUUGGCAGUUCUUAUGUCACACUCAGCAGUACUUUAACAUAAUUAUAAAGGCGAAACUCAAGUUGUGUUGUUUUUUUUUAAACAACAACUUAUGUUAUCACUUUACAGAGGAGGUGUUUUUCUUUGAUGCAAUGAAUAUAGCAUGUUGUCUUGUCUACCAGGAAACUCUUCAGAUCUUGGAUAAUUUUCAUCAGUGAAACACUACAGAGGGAUCCUGCAGUUGUUUUUGGUUUUAAUCUUAACUGGAGCUUUUCUGGUUCACAUUCUCACCCUGACUCGUGAUCUGUUCCAGCCAGUUUUGGGGACUUCGCGCCUCUUGCCUCACCACUUCCUACAACCUGUAGCCUCCUGUCAGCACAUACAUCCCAUGACCUUUCUCUUUCCUUUUAUCUCAGACAAUCAAGCAUCACCAGUAUUGUAUUUUCUAAAGCAGUAUAUUUACCACCUUUACUCAGUACAUAAGGAAAAUAGCAUGACAGUUAAUGGUAGUUUAUUCCAUCCUUUACUUGCUUCGGAUCUUAUAUAUUUCUUUUUUCUUUUUCUUUCAAACAUCGGAAUGAAUUUUUAGUAAGCUUCACGGAAGGUGAUGCUCUGUUGUAAGUUAUUGAUCUAAGUUAUUUGUAGAAUGGUUGAUUACAGAUCUAAUACCAAACUUCUCAUAGAUGUUUCCAGUACCUGCAUAAACCCAGCAGUUACUCAUCACAAUGCCUUUUUACCUCUGUGCUUCACCUCUUCUGCAUGUUCAACAAGCAUGGCAAAGUUGUAAAAUCACCGUAACUUAUUCUUGCUUGUAAAAACUUUUUUUUUUUUAAAGAAAAAAAAUAGGUUGCCAUUACACUCUGCCAUACAUUGUAGGAAUUAUAAUUACCCCAGGAUCUCUUUCCACAAUGCAAUAUCACUAUCUGUCGGUGGGGGGGGGGGGGGUGCAGUGCGGUGUCAUGACUAACGGAUAUGUAAAAGGUUUCCAGGGAAACAAGGCUCUCUGUUUCCAUUGGCUUGUUUGUGCUCUAAUGCUGCUACACAAAUGGACUCAUGGAGAGAUGAUUCAUAGAUCAGCUGAGUGACGUCAGAUCAGAUCUAUUUAUUGUAUGUCUGUACCAUAGUGAGCUCAAUCAGAGAAGAAAAAAGUUAUUUAUAUUUUUUCCUCAAGACUGUAUUAUAAUUUAAGUUUUUUCUUUUUUUUUCUCUCCCUGAAUCGUGGUUUCCCUUGUAUAAUGUGUACAGUAUGUUUUGGGGGGCAUUGAUGACCUAAAGAAACAUACAAUCCUAUUAAAGGGAUGCAUUGUUAAUAAAAGAAAAUUUGAAAUACCCAA